AUGGUCUGCUGGAUCUGUGAAAAGGGGACUGGGAGCAGCUGGAGAAGAGACUCGCAGAGAGUUUCUGGGAGACGCUUCAUUCUCCCUGUGUGGAUGGACUGUUUUCCUCACUCUGCAUGGAUCAAAUGGGUAAAGUACGAAGAUCCCCAAGCCUCCAAAGGACUCACUGGUGCCCUGGAUGCCCGGCAGCAGCACACAGGAACAGUGCCAGUUCCCCAAGCAAAUUUCAUGGAAGACAUAGAAAAGUGGCUCUCCACUGAUGUGGGAGAGGCAGAGGAUGCAAAAGGUGUCACCAGUGAAGAGCGAGCAAAAGUUGCGGACCGGCUACCCACUUUGUCCAGCUCCUCAGCAGAGACGUCCGUCUCCCCUCCUGCUGCCAGCCGUCAUCGGAAGCAAGCAAAGGAAGAUGAUGCUAUGUUUGCUUUGUGAAUGCUGUGGACUGGUGUGCCGUGGAGCAAGAUGCUGUGUGUGCUGUUUUGCUUGCCUCCAACCAGGGGCCAGCAGGGGAAGGACUCUGUCCCCUUCCUCCACUCUCUUCCUGUUUUCCCUUUGAGUUGUUUUUAUUUUUAAGCUGCUUUCAGAUUUCAGAUAAUCUUUGUUGUGUUUAGGGAUGUCAUACAAUAGACUUGUGAAGGGGGUUUUCAAAGCUGCUAGAGAACGUGGGAGUUUAGUGGGCUUCUUUUUUUCGGUACAGUGUGGGCAAAGUAGAAGCUCCCCAUCCUCCUCUCCAGUGAGGUAGUCAGAAAUCUUGCCCAAGAAACAGGAGAGGCUGCAGUCUGCUGCUGAAAUCAUUCCUGCCUGCCUCUUUCCUUGCCCCACCCCUAGAACGGAUCUCCAGCCCUCUGCCUGCCACUGUUAGACUGGAAAGCAUGAGGAUGCAAAGCAUUACAGGUGGCAGAGGAGGAACACUAACGGUAGAGGGACCC